CAGACUGUGAGAGAAGCGAGCUGGGCAAGCGACGCUGCAGAGCGCUGGAGGAGGGCGUCCAGAGAAGGGACUGACAGGGACUGGAUGGUGUGCCGGUGUCGAAGAAUUCUUGGGGCACGUGCGUCUCGGAGAGAAGAGAACGAGAGAAAGAAAACCAAAGAGCGGAGUUUCCAUUACGCACACCUGGGCGCCCAAGUUUCUUUUUCUCUAUUUUGGUUUUGUUCUUGCCGCUGUUUAUUCAAUAUGAAGAAGAAAGUUUCCUGUGGUCAUCUUUCCAUGCUUUCAAUGAAAUCUAAACACUUUUAAAAGUGCCUGGUGCAACCCGCAGCUGAAGACUGAUCCUUCAUGGGGCCAUGGUGGCAACUUUUUGACUGGCGUUUGAUUAUAAUUAGUGUCAUUUCAACUGUGACCUUUCUAAAAGGUAGCAGGUGACGUUCAGGAAAUCUCACGCCCACCUUUUGCAUCAAUGGACUGCUGUGUAUGUCAGCAUUAUGGCUAAUGUCACAUGUGAGAAAAUGACACAAAUUCGUGUGGUUGGGUAUCCAGUGUUAAGCACUUUUAUGUUCAUCGCUGGGGUUGGGGGCAAUGUCUUGGCUUUAGUCAUUUUAGGUGUUCACAGGAAAGAGCUCCGUAGUAAAUCCUCUGUCUUCUGCAUCCUGGUCACCGGUCUUGCCAUCACAGACUUACUAGGCACUUGCUUCCUGAGCCCAUUGGUAUUUGUCUCCUAUGCCUACAACGCUUCCAUCGUGGGACUGGUCGGAAACCAUUCCCUGUGUGACUUUUUUGGAUUCACAAUGACCUUCUUUGCCCUGGCUUCUAUGUUGAUUUUGUGUGCCAUGGCAGUGGAGCGCUGUAUGGCCAUUAGUCACCCUUAUUUCUACUCCAAACACAACAGCAAAGGCUUGGCCAAAGCUGCCCUGGCAGCCAUUUAUGUCCUCUCCUGCUUUUUUUGUUGCCUGCCAUUCUUUGCCUUUGGGGAGCACAAGCAGUACUGCCCUGGCACAUGGUGCUUCAUCAAGAUGGAUUCCACCGACCGCAAAGUGAUUGCUUUCUCCUUGUGCUAUGCCACCCUCAUGGCUUUCCUGAUCUUGAUUAUUUUGAUCUGCAAUGGAUCAGUGAUUGUAAGCCUCUGCAACAUGUAUAAGAACCAGCGGUCCAGGAGGGGAUCGGUUAUCUCAAACCGCACCAGGAAGAGCUGGAUCGGUCAAGGAGAUGAAGAAGUGGACCACCUCAUCUUACUGGCUUCUAUGACCACCAUAUUUGUCAUCUGUUUCUUGCCACUCACGAUCCGAGGAUUCGUCAGCGCCAUCGCACCAAGUACCAAUGACACGGCGGACCUGAUAGCAUUACGCUUCUCUGCCACAAACCCAAUCUUGGAUCCGUGGAUUUUUAUCAUUUUCAGGAAAACGGUGUUCCGUCACCUCCGCUCCUUUCUGUGCUGCCGCUUCUCGACGUUAACACUGAAGAGCAAGUCUUAUUCGGACUCUUGCAAGCUGCAGUCCGUGCCUUUUAAGGAACCAUCACUUAGCAACUCACAUGUGAUCCCGUCGUGACAGCUCAACCCACCAAUUGGAAAAUGACAACUGGACCCUACAGUCUGCUGCUGCUGCUGCUGCUGCUGUCUACCUGUUAGGAAUUAAAACCGUGUGUUCCUGCAGGUCGAAAGGAAAAACAGGCAAUCUGAAGCUUGAAAGGGUCUUUGUGGCUAAUGAAGGCCAUGUGGCUCCAUGCCUGACCUAGUGGGACCAUGCUGUCCAAAAAGUUCAACUUCUGUGCUUAGAACAUUCUCACAAAAGGCUUGAGGAUCAAUCUGAUGUUACUCUGCUGCUUCUAGAGUCACAGGACAGCUCAUGGCCUUCCCGGGUGACACCGUGUGAUAAAGUGUGGCUUGAUUAUCAGAAUUGUGUUUGCCUUUGAACCUCUGAAUCAGACCACUGAUGAAGUACUUUGCACUUCUUUGUUGUAAAUCAUUAAGCUUUACUGAUACAUAGGGAUCUGGAACAGAUGAUUCCAUGCAAACAAAUCUAAGUGGUAUGUGCAAAGUGGAUAAAUGCAAGAACAAGAGGAGCAUUGCUUUUUGGUUUUAA